CGCAUGCGCCGUGUCCCGCAUUGUUUGGAUCAGCUGUGCGUGGAUCAUCUGAAACCCCACCCAAUGAGGAAGACGAUCCGUGAGCAGCAGACCCGAGCCGCAGCCGAACCCCAGCCGAACCCGCACCAUGAUCGCGCUCUUCAACAAGCUGCUGGACUGGUUCAAAGCCCUGUUCUGGAAGGAGGAGAUGGAGCUCACGCUGGUCGGACUGCAGUACUCGGGGAAAACCACUUUCGUCAACGUGAUUGCGUCGGGGCAGUUCAGUGAAGACAUGAUCCCUACGGUCGGCUUCAACAUGCGCAAGAUCACCAAGGGGAACGUCACCAUCAAGUUGUGGGACAUCGGCGGCCAGCCGCGCUUCAGGAGCAUGUGGGAGCGAUACUGUCGCGGCGUCAGCGCUAUAGUGUACAUGGUAGACGCAGCCGAUCCCGAGAAGAUCGAGGCGUCCAAGAACGAACUGCACAACCUGUUGGACAAGCCUCAGCUGCAGGGCAUCCCGGUUCUGGUUCUGGGAAAUAAGCGAGAUCUUUCCGGAGCUCUGGACGAGAAGGAGCUCAUCGAGAGAAUGAACCUGUCGGCCAUCCAGGACAGAGAGAUCUGCUGUUACUCCAUCUCCUGUAAGGAGAAGGACAACAUCGACAUCACACUACAGUGGCUGAUCCAGCACUCGCGGACCCGGCGGAGCUGAGGAGGCGGAGCUUGCGUCUGAUUGGAGGAACCGCAUCAUGUGAUCAACUGUAUUUUUGGCGCUCUUGAUUUCAUUCUAAACAAACAAGCAUCCGCCCCUCCAUAUAAACUAAUUCACAUCAUUUACAUUGUUUAUUUUUGUUUUUACUUGAAUGUGCUUUUUUAACGGUUCGUCAUGAAGUCCGGACGUGUCACGUGACGCGUUUCGUUUGCGUGUUUUUUGCUCGGGGACUUGAUCAAACCUUGACCGACGCCCACAGCAUCUGGUCACGUGAUCCACGGAGGUCCAGUUUACGCCGCCAUCUUGUUUAAACGCCGUGAGAACGUUCACUGGGAGAAUUGGCCAAUUUUCGCUGUUUUAGCAUCAUUAGCCUGUUAGCGUGACCUGCUACGAAUGUGACCUCGACGUAAAAGUGACGUAAACGGCUUUGUUGACAUUAACAGUCAUUUACAAAGUCAACUUUUCAGUCAUUCAACAAAGUUGUGCGUUUGCGACUUUAUUGUUUUGAAGUUGACUUUGACAGAGUCCUUUACGAAGUCGUUCACACGAAUGUGACAUCAUAGGUACAGCUGUGACAUCAUCUAGGUUUGCGCUAUUUGUGUAACGUUACGAAAUCUGUAAUUUUAUCGGAAAGCACACAAAUCCGUCUGAAGAGUUUUAACGUGUCCGGAUGAAGGUUUUAUACGUUUCCUCCGAGUCGCCGUGACGACAGUGUUGUGUCAAAGAUAUCGGUGGGUUGUCAUGGCAAAUGCGUUUCCGUUGUGUCGAGUUUUAGGAAAGACCCGCAGAUCAUUGCGCGAAUAAAAACAGCGGAGAUGUGACGAAUAUCAUGCGGCUGGCGUCCAACGAUGUUCAUAUUGGGGAGUUUGUUCUUUUUUUUUUCGUUUAGUUUUUUGUCGCAUGCGUGGACGUUUUGGGCCUAAAUCGUAGGGGUUUAUAAACGUGUCGGUAGAUUAUACAUGUGUAAAUUUACAUAUUUUUUCAUUCUUGUGGGUUGUUUUUGCCAUAUUUUUACUCAUGUUUUUCAGCUGGAUUAUGUAAAUAGCAACUUAAACCAAAUGAGAUCUCUCGGUGUUUGUCCUGUUGUGAUUAGCUUCCUGAGAUAAUAAUCAUAAUCAUAAUAAUAAAGAAGACCCCUCUCAUAUUCACAGCAGUCUGAACAAACGGAUUGUGUGUGUGUGAGAGAGAGAGUGAGUGAUUGUGUCAUGUACACUAGAAUAAUAUUUACUUUAUAAAUGCAGCCAGUUUAUUCUGUUGAUUGUUCGCAAAUGCAAAUCAUUUUAUGUUCAUAUCCACUAAUGUUUUGAUUUGUUAUGAUUUCAUAGGGUGCAUCUAAACCUCGUCUACACCAGAGCGAACGACGCAAUGCGACAAAGCGGCGAUAAUCAACAAAUCUAUACUUAAAGACGGUUACGAAGCUGACUUUGACGUUCGUGUGAUUACUCUGGUUACCAAAGUUAUUUACACUACAACCGCUAACUUGGUAUUAGCAUCAAUGUCAUCGCAAAGUGAUGUAAACAGUAUUAAUCAUUUUACAACUUGUAGUCAUUUAACGAAGUUGUGCGUUUCCAACAUAGAAAGCUUUAUUAAUAUACGAUAAAGACGAUGUAACGAAUUUGAAUAUUGUGCGUCUUUAGAAAGUCGCCUUGUUUUGUUUAUUAUCAACUUAAUUAAUCAAGCGGUGAAGUGGUUUGCUAGCGCACAACUUGGUUGCGCAACAAGAAUGACUAUUGAGGUUCACUUCGUAAUGACUUUGUCGAAAUUGACUUUUUUUAAAGCAUGCAUUUUAGUUAUUUAAUGCAUGUAAUGAAUGACAACUUAAUUAUAAUGAAGCCGAUUUAACGAAGUAGAAUUUAUAAAGUCACGUUUUGUUUAUAUUGGAUUUUUUGAAAGUCAACUUUGUUGAUUAUUACAGUCAUUCGUGAAGUCAACCUAACGAAGUUGCAUUCCUAAUAUAGCGAGUGGCGUGUGUAAGCACACAAACUACGCAACAGCAAGUUCGUAAUGACUUUGUUGAAGUUCACGUACGAAGUCAAACUAGCGACGUUGAUUAUAACAGUCGUUUGCGAAGUUCAUGAUCUAUUUGCAACAUUGUUUCGCGAGUUCGUUGGGUUUGUGAAUGACUUCGUUAAGGUCACUCGUGAAGUUAAUCCGACUGAUCAUAAUGUCGCGAGCGCUUUGUUGAUUAUAACGGCUUCUUGUCGUGAUGCGUGACUCGGAUUUCGAUUUCCUGCUGCUGUCACCAGUUCAUCUGGACUCAUGAUCUUCUGAAUGUGUGUUGAGUUCAUUAUUGUUUCAUGUCUUAAUUAAAUUAAAUGUGGCCAUAAUGUUUCUUUUGAGAUGUCAUUGUUUUAAUUGUUUGUAGCUGAGUCGCUCUUUUGUUUGCCGGGAGUCAUGUGACCUUUUACGCUGACGUCCCGCUGCACGGCUCAUUAUGGGAUGGAGCAGGUUGCCAUGGUUACUGUAUAAACCACGUUGUGAUUGGACCGAACGCGAUUCUUUUAUCCCCUCUUUAUAUGGACCAGACAGUAACUUUUUACAGCAGUCGGUCACAUAACAAGUGUUUCUGUACAAGACUCCAUCCGUCGAGUUGUUCAUUUGGGAUCUUUCUAUUCUCUCGUACUCUCGGUGAUAACUGUACAUGUUGUUCUUGUUAUUUACAGAUUAUUUAAAAAUGAAAUUAAAUGAUUUCCCUAUCAGAA